AUGGCGCCCAAAUCAUCCGUCGAGGAGUUUCAGGCUCUCCUCGCCGGCGUCAUCAGCAGAAGCAAAGACGGCGGGCGUGGCCAGGGACGAAUGUUGGCGAUCCUCGGCGCAGGCCUCGCGGCACCGUCGGGUCUACCGACGAUGCGAGGCCCCGGUGGUCUGUGGCAGCGGAAGACAGCGGCAGGCUCCGAGUCGACCAGCAAAAUCGACCUGGAGAUGGUAUGGCUCUACUAUGCGUGGCGGCACCACCUCGCUGCAGGGGCUUCACCCAACGCCGCGCACAAGGCCCUUGCACGCCUGGCGAGGCACUGCCAUCAUCAAUCCUCAUCAUCCAGUGCAGCCGCCGCCCCGCCGACAAACAAAGGGGAACCAGCGGCUUCAUCUCCGCCCAGCCUCGAGCUCAUGUGCCUGAACCUGAGCCUGGAUGACCUGCUCGUACGCGCGGGCUACCCACCCGAGUCCCUUCGCUCCGCCUUUGGCUCCAACAUGGCGCUCGUCUGCUCCGACACGGCCGCAUGCUCGGCCGUCCGGCGGACGAGCACCACAGACCGUCCCUGCCCCUCGCUCGUCUCAGAAGGCGACGAGCCCCCGCGCUGGCUCACUGACCCGACGCUCCCCGUACCGGAUCUGGAACCCUCAAGGUUUCCACACUGCGCUGCCUGCGGAAAGCACCUCGUCCGGCCGUCGGUUCAGCCCAACCGCCAGGCGCUGGCCGACGUGGAUGAGUUCGUGGCCAGGAAGCCCGCCGUCGACGUGGCGCUGGUCGUCGGGACGGCGGCCGUCCUGCCCCCGGCCCCGAGGUACCUGCACGAGACCAUGAGACGAGGGGCGGUGGUUGUGGUGGUCAACCCGGACCCGUCCGUCGCCGAGGCGCUGCGGGACGAGGAUUUCUUUUUUCAGGGGGAUGCGGCCGAGAUUCUCCCUCGUCUGUUCGACAAGGUCGUAUCUUAA